AUGCUGAGUUCCAGCACAAACAGCCACAGCUAUUGCGAGCUGAAGCUGACUAAUCGUUCGGUAGUUUUCUCAGCAGCUUGCGGCAAGGUGAGGCUGCUGGGGAGGGCGGCCCCGCCGGGGGGGAGGCAGGUGUGUGCCCCGGGGGAGAGGCGGGGGGGAGCCGGGGAGGUGGACCGCAACAGCCACUCUCUCAACUUGCCGACGCCAUCGGACGCGGUGGGAAUCUCUGCGGAAACUCCUGUGAAGCGGCAGCCGGACAGAGGGACUGACCGUGAGGUACUGUCUCCACAACUGGACGCCACGUCAAGUCACCAAACGGUUGGGGAUGUCUCUGACGGCUCUGUGGACACAGCAGUGGAUGAUGACAGUGGACAAGAAACAGAGGAGGAGAGCACAUGGCUGAAGUGGGGCAGUCUGGCUCUGACGCUUGAGGCAGCUCCUGAGUGUGAGGUGAGCACUGAGGGGUGUCCUGGCCAGACUGGAGGGGAGCCAGGCGGGUGGUCAGACACAGGAGAUACCUUGGGACCAGUUGACCCACAAGAGGAGAUUAUAAGAGCUCCUGAGAGCGACCAGGCCGCGGUAAAUGUGGAUGUUACACUUGAUGACAAGCAGAUCACACGGCCCGAAGCUGCUGAUGAGGAUGGACUGAGAUGGACAGAGGCAUCUGAUCAGGUUCAAGCCGAUAGCUUCACAGAAGCUCACAAAGAGCUCACACCUGAUGCAUCGAUUACCGCUGAGGCUAAUGGAGAAAUCGAUUCAUUUCAAUCACCUCAAGGGGUCGGAGAUGGGGUGGGAUUCUCCCCCCAGCCCAAGGCACUUGGCCAGGGUGUUGCCCCGAACAUAGAGCAGGGACAGGGGGAGAGGAGGGACAUCUCAGGCUCCUCUGCCCCGACUUUGGAGGAUCUGACUGAGGAGAUCGCGGGGAUCAGACAGAAUGAAGCCUGGAGCCAGACUGAGAUCAGACUGCUGGUGAGGAAGCUGGAGGAGUCCAGCUGUCAGGUUGAUAGUCUCCAGCGGGAGUUGGCCACAGAGAGGGAGAGGACCGGGCUGUAUGUGGAGAGGAUGGGAGUCCUGGAGAGGGAGGUGGGCGGCAGCUCGGCUCUGGCGGAGGUGCUGUCUGAGUGCAGGUGCAAAGUGGAACAGUUUGAGGAACUGAAAGAAUCGUCAGAAGAGCUGGUGUACAAAUUCCAGGAGUCCAAGGAGACUGCAGUUCACUUAAGGGAGAGAAUUACAGAACUGGAAUCUCAGAAUGUUAUCAAGGAACGCAGAAUAAAGGAGCUACGACAUCAGUUGUCUGAAUGCAGGAAAACCGUGGAGAUUGCCCCGGUGCCAAGGCAGGCCAGCACCUUGAAUGGAAGUGGGCUAGAAAUGGUGGAGGAAGAGACACCGAAGCAGCGAUGUUCCAGCAGAAGAAACGGACAUGCAGUUUCAGCCUCCACCCAGCCCCAGAGAAGGCAAUCUGCUGCUCACUCAGCACAGCCACCCACAGACACUACAAAAGUCUGUAUCAUUCUAUGACUGGAAGAAACGGGGUCAACGUUUUGUGAACUAACACGUUGUGGAGUCCUGUAGCGUAAUGGUUAGAGCACUCCCCUCA